UUUGGGGGUGCGCGUACAAUGAAUGGACGGUCCUCUCCGGCGAUGGACGGCAGAGCUGUGAAGGCCUUACUAUUCGAUUUGGACAACACGCUUAUUGAGACAAGUCGCGCAGGUGGAGUGGCGAUACAAAAGACCAGUGACUUUUUGAAGAACACACUGGCCCUUGAUGACAUGACCAUCAGCAACAUUUGUGACAAGUUCAAGCAGAAGCUUCUCCGUGAGAGUUUUGACCCCUCAGCUGGCAGAUCCAUUGACGAGGUCCGUGUGGGUCACUGGGAGGAGAGCAUCCAGGAGGCAGUGGGCGGCGGUCACACACCCUCUCUGGCAGCUCAGUGCUACCACCUGUGGAAAAAUAGCCGCCUGGAGGUCCUCAGUCUGUCCCCUGAAAUACGCUCCCUCCUGAAACAAAUGCGCAGCAGAUACAAGCUGCUGCUGCUGACCAAUGGGGAGUCUCAGACCCAGAGAGAGAAGGUGGAGACAGUCGGAUGUGAGGAGUUCUUCGAUGCCAUUGUGAUUGGUGGAGAACACGCAGAGCAGAAACCGCUCCGCUCCAUCUUCACAUUGUGUUUUGAAAUGCUGCAGGUGGAGGCCCAAGACUGUGUUAUGGUGGGAGACUCUCUGGACACAGAUAUUCAGGGGGGCUUUAAUGCAGGAGUACGGACUACAGUUUGGAUCAGCAGUGCAGGAGGCGCUGUGCCAGAUGGUUCAGUGAAACCAGACUACACCAUCCCAACUGUGCUGGACCUGCCAGAUAUUCUGGCACAACUGCAGUGAGGAAGACUGGUGAUUAAAACCAUGUGAAGGAGGACGACUGUCACUUAUGUUAAUUAUGUUAUCACAGUCAUUUUUCCAACUUUGAACAAGUGCAAGUUUUACUUGUAUCCUGUAAUUUUAGAGUGUGUAGUACAAUGUGGGCAACUGCGAAUCAGCACUGUACGUAGUACAAUUUUAAAUACUUUCCAUUUUCUGCUUCUUUUUACUCCACAACAUUUCUGACAGCUGUAGUUUUUACAAAAAACACACUUAUCAAACACAAUCUGCUAUUAAUGAUUAAAUAAGUGGUUCCCAACCCUUUGAAACAGACAACAUAUAAUGAAGUGAAAACUUGCUCCACAACUACCCAGCUACUACAGUGAAAUGCCUUGAGUCAUCAGCAGUCUAAUACAUCAGUCACAUGGGCAAUUUCCUGCACAAUGAGUACUUUCACUUGUCUUAUCUAAGAACAUUUUACUGACAGUAUGUCUGUUCUUUCGUUUUGCAGUCCUACCCUAAAAUCCGGAUUAUUUGUAAUGGAAUUACUUAAGUGAAGGAUCAUACUUGUUGGUACGCAGGUACAUUUUUAUUAAACGCUCAGACUGACUGUACAAAAAGACCUUUGGGUUAUUUUCACACACCUUACCAGAUGUCAACACAU